AUGAAUAUCAGGACGCCUUUACAGACAAGGAGAAAGACUAUUUAUGCAACUCAAGAACCAAAGAAAGCAAUUUUUUAUGGAUUACCUAAAGUUCAUAAAAGCUCUGAAAUACAGAGAGCCAUAAAGGAACAGAGGAACCAUUAUAUAAGAAUACAAAGGCCCGCAGACCUCACAAUGAGACUAAUAGUUGCAGGGCCCCAAGCGCCAACACAGCAACUAAGCCACUUCAGAGAUGUACUCCUCAAACCUUUAUGCCCACUGAUACCAAGCUACAUAAGGGAUGACAUAGACUUCCUCACACAUAUUCCAAAUACAGUUCCGGAAAACACCAUACUUGCAAGGUUCGAUGUCACAAACUUAUACACGAAUAUACCACACACCCUGGGUCUGGAAGGGAUAAAACAAUGGGUAGAAAAAUACAGGGAACUCAUAGAUAAACGUUUCAAAACAGACUUUAUAACCAAAGCUACCCAAUUAAUACUUGAAGAAAACACAUUCUCAUUUAACAACAAGACAUACCGACGAAUAAAGGGCACAGCUAUGGGUACGAAAUUCGCACCUUUAUAUGCCAACCUGGUGAUGGAGUUUCCUUGA